AUGAACUCCCUCAACAUAAUCUCGGCCCGGGUCUCGCCCUCUGCCUCCCCGGCCCCGUCGCGAUCCAACUCCCUGAGCCAUGUCGGCCUGGCCGCCUCGUCGGACGAGAAGAAACCCGCCGACGGCAGGUCAAGAGACGACCCCCACGGCCGUCUGACAGUCGAGCCCGACGACUACAUGUACGAAGAACGCGACGACGACGACGACGACGACGUCGACAACUACCACGACGAGAAGACGCCUCUCCUGAGCACCGACGACUCCAAGGACGCAAAUCUGCGCGCACAGUCUUGGCACGUGUUGCCCAGUCGCCUGGUGAACAACCUGAUCAACUCGCUACGCUGGGUGCUGUCUACCAUUGCUGCUCCGGGAGUAUACCUAAUCGCCUGUCUCUACGACGAACAAGGCAAUUUUGCCCCAUUGCGUGAGCUCCGGGGCUUGUUCGGAUAUAGGGACGACACAAGGGAAAUCGGCGCCCUUCACCACGAUAACGCCCCCGGGGGUGAGCGGCCCCAUACCCCUUCGCGACAGCACAGCCAGAGCGCGAGGGGCAAGCUCGCGAGUACAGCUACGAUGCGGCCAGUCUUCUCCUCGGGAUCCUCGUCCUCCGGACUCUCCUCGGAAUCAGAAUCUGAUAUGGCUACGGCCAGUGAUGCGAACCGUCGCAACUCCGGAUCCUCCGGCCGUCAUUCGCGCUCCAAGUCCACCGAAGAGAUUGCGCCCGCCAGGCGGUCCAUCAGGAUAAAACUCCACAGCGACGACGCCCUACGGCAAAGGAAACACAAGAAAGCAAUGUCCGCCAGCGCCAGGGCGGGGAGUGGCGACGCCUCCGCCGACCUGUCGGCGCAGCUCAAGUCGCCCACCUCUCCCGUCGGCGCUCUGACCAAGUAUCCCAAGACUCCUGCUCCUCCACGACCCUUGAUCCCGCAGCGGCAGCCGUCGUACGUGCCCUACGAGAAUCCGGACCCCGCGCACCUCAAGACCUUGAUCCUGGACCUGGACGAGACCCUGAUCCACAGCAUGUCCAAGGGCGGCCGGAUGGGCUCAGGACACAUGGUCGAAGUGCGGCUGAACACGACGUACGUGGGAGCGGGAGGUCACCAGACUCUGGGCCCCCAGCAUCCCAUCCUGUACUACGUGCAUAAACGGCCGCACUGCGACGAGUUUCUCCGCAAGAUUUCCAAGUGGUUCAACCUCGUGAUUUUCACGGCCUCGGUCCAGGAGUACGCCGACCCGGUCAUCGACUGGCUGGAGUCGGAGAGGAAAUACUUCACUGCGAGAUACUAUCGACAGCACUGCACCUUUCGCCACGGGGCGUUUAUCAAAGAUCUUAGUUCGAUAGAGCCAGACCUGAGCAAGGUGAUGAUUCUAGACAACAGCCCGCUCAGCUAUAUGUUCCAUCAAGAUAAUGCCAUUCCCAUACAGGGCUGGAUCAAUGACCCAACGGAUAAUGACUUAUUACAUCUGGUACCAUUAUUAGAGGGGUUGCAGUACGUGUCGGAUGUCAGAGCUCUACUUGCAUUACGGGGAGGGGAAGACGGCUCGCAUAUAUGA